AUGGGAGCUACUGCAGGGGAAGCUACAGGCGGUGUCAGGGCCGCUGGCGAUGGCGGUCAGCGGAGGGAUCCGGCGGAGGCAGGCGGUGCGGGCCUCUACCACCAACAGCACCAUCAGGAGCAGCUUUGCCAGAGCCAGCGGCGCACCGCCGGGCCUGCACAGCACGACGACAGCGCCAGCGCAAUUGGAAGGCCCGGAGGCGACGCCGUCCAGCAAACAGCACAGCCUGUCGACGACAUCAACCCCGUCAUCCAUCGAGACAAGCAUCGCACGCAAAAUGACGGCGACGACAUCACCGCCGCCGCCAAGCUCGCGCCGGCCAAACUCAACGCCCCCUCGGCGGCCCCAUCGUCUUCGCGUGGCCACACCCGGCCAGACCAGCAGCAACAGCCGUUCCCGGUGGCCACCGCACCUGCGUCCACCGUCGGCACGCCACUGGCACCACCGCCGGCGCCGCCAGUAGCGGCAGCCCAAGGUUCCGUGACAGCACCCCGUCGAACAGGGCUGUUGGACUUGCGCCAGGGCCAGCUGCAGCAGGGCCGGGUGGACCAGGAGCACCACCCGGACGACGGACAGCAGCACGGCGGCGGCGGCAUGCACACGCGCAUGCAUCGUCAGAUGUUGCUGUUGGACGCCGUGACGCCGGGCAUCCAUCCGGCCACCUACGUCGACCCGUACGUUUCGCCCGCCGCAGCGACACCGCACGAGAGGAAUGCCUGCGACGAGGGCACCUGCUCGUGCUUCGGCUCGGCCGCUUCGACGCCCGUCGUGUCGCCGUUGGUCUCGCGGUCCUCUCGUCCCGUGGUCGUGGGCGGUGCGGAUGCUUCCAGUGCGAUUGCUGUCGGCGGGGCGAGCUGCGCGGGCUACUUUGACCUCCAGCGGGCGCCGCCCACUCGGGUGGGUCCCGGGAGCUUGAUGAGCGCCAGAAGCACCGGCAGCACCACUGGGAGCACAUGCAACGGCCCAGCAGCAUCAGGCGCCAGCAUUAUUGGUGGCAUCACUAGCCCGGCAGCUUCCCGGGUCGGGCUGCCAGCGAACGCCGGCGUUGGUGGCAGCAGCAGCAGCAGCAGCAGCAGCAUCAGCAGCAAUACCACCGCCGCCAACGGCACCAGCGUCAUACCCCUCACCCACCGCCACUACCACCAGCACAAUCGCAACAACCUGCCCCUCUCCCCCUCGGGCCCAGCUUCACCACCAGCUUCCGCCUCUGCCGCCGCUCAUCCUCCCGCUCCCGCUCCUCCUCCGCCAUCGCUCGCCGCCGCCGCUGUCCAGCAGCAACGACGCGCACCCAGCAGCAAGCAUCAUUAUCACCACCGCUCGAGCCACCGCCGCCACGACGACGACGCCCGGCCACGCGCCCGCAGAGCAAUGGCGCGCCGCCAGUCUCUGUCCGAGAUUCGCGCCGCCAACCCGGAACUUGCCCUCAGCGGAAACAUCAUCUCGGCCACCUUCAACAUCCCCCAUGCGCUGACGUACAAGAAGGACGGCGACUGGGACCUCAAGCCCCGCCGCGGCCAGUCGGCCCUCUUCGACUCCUUCGCCUACCUCUCGUCGGACGCGACGCCAUGGAACCACCACGUCGUCGCCUGGACCGGCGAGAUCGAAGACCCCUAUGAGCCCUCGCCGCCUCCGCCCGAGUCGCCCGCCGCACACACCACCGUCGGCGCCUCGUCCCUCAACGCCCUCUCUGCCCCCGUCCCCGUCGACGCCGGCACCCGCCUGCCCACCCCGCCAGCCGUCGAUGGCCUCUGGAUCCCCCGCGAGCACCAGCAGCGCCUCGACCACCUGCUCUCCCGCAGCAAGACGAUACGCACCUCGCCCGUCUGGCUCGCCGACGAGGCCGACUCGGCUGAUGGCGCCGGCAUCAUGUUGCGCGACCAGGCCCGCUGGCGGCGCUACGCACAGUACGACCUCUACACCCUCUUCCACUACAAGCAGCACGAGCCCACCGACGGUCGCAAGGAGCGCGUCCACUACGCCGACUACUUCCGCAUGAACCAAAAGUUCGCCGACAAGAUCAUCGAGGUCUACAAGCCCGGCGACAUCGUCAUCGUCCACGACUACUACCUGAUGCUGCUGCCCAGCAUGCUGCGCCAGCGCGUCCCCAACAUGUACAUCUCCUUCUUCCUGCACUCGCCCUUCCCCAGCAGCGAGUUCCUGCGCUGUCUGCCCCGCCGUAAGGAGGUGCUCGAGGGCGUCCUCGGCGCCAACCUCGUCGGCUUCCAGUCCUACAGCUACUCGCGCCACUUCCUGAGCUGCUGCACCCGCAUCCUCGGCUUCCCCUCGGACACGCUCGGCAUCGACGCCUACGGCAGCCGCGUCCAGGUCGGCGUCUUCCCCAUCGGCAUCGACGCCGCCCGCGUCGAGACGGCCGCCUGGGCCGACUCGGUCGAGGAAAAGUUCAAGGCCCUCAAGAAGAUGUACGCCGGCAAGAAGAUCAUUGUCGGCCGCGACCGCCUGGAUAGCGCCCGCGGCGUGGCCCAGAAGCUGCAGGCCUUUGAGCGCUUCCUCGACAUGUUCCCCGAGUGGCGCGAAAAGGUCGUGCUGAUCCAGGUCACGUCCCCCACGAGCGCCGACGCCGAGCCCGACGACACCGACGGCAAGCUCAGCAGCCGCGUCAACGAGCUCGUCAUGAAGAUCAACGGCGACUACGGCAGCCUGGGCUUCACCCCCGUCCACCACUACCCGCAGUACCUGCGCCAGGACGAGUACUUUGCCCUGCUGCGCGCCGCCGACAUUGGCCUCAUCACGUCGGUCCGAGACGGCAUGAACACGACGAGCCUCGAGUACGUCGUGUGCCAGAAGCAGGGCCACGGACCCCUCAUCCUCUCCGAGUUCAGCGGCACCGCCGGCAGCCUCGCCGACGCCAUCCACAUCAACCCCUGGGACCUCAGCGGCGUCGCCAGCGAGAUCAACACGGCGCUGACCAUGCCCGAGGACCAGCGGCGCGUCAUGCAGGAGCGCCUGUACCACCACGUCACGACGCACAACGUGCAGUCGUGGAUCGACAAGUUCAUCCGCCGCGUCUACACGGUCCUAGGCGAGGCAGGCUCCGCGCACGCCACCCCGCUGCUCGACCGCGCCCUGCUGCUCUCUCAGUACCGCUCCGCCGGCAAGCGCCUCUUCAUGUUCGACUACGAUGGCACCCUGACGCCCAUUGUGCGCGAGCCCAGCGCCGCCAUCCCCUCGGAGCGCAUCAUCGCCGCCCUCAAGCUGCUGGCCGCCGACGAGCGCAACGCCGUGUGGAUCAUCUCGGGCCGCGACCAGGAGUUUCUCGGCCACCACCUCGGUCACAUCUCGCGCCUGGGCUUCUCGGCCGAGCACGGCAGCUUCAUGCGCAACCCGGGCUCCCAGGAAUGGGUCAACUUGGCCGAAAAGUUUGACAUGGGAUGGCAGGCCGAGGUCAUGGAAGUGUUUCAAAAGUACACGGACAAGGUGCAGGGCUCAUUCAUUGAACGCAAACGCUGCGCCCUCACGUGGCACUACCGACAGGCCGACCCGGAGCUGGGCGCGCACAUGUCCCGCGCGUGCCACAAGGAGCUCGAGGCGGGCGUGGGCAGCAAGUGGGAGGUGGAGGUGAUGCCGGGCAAGGCCAACAUCGAGGUGCGGCCGACGUUUAUCAACAAGGGCGAGAUUGCGAAGCGGCUGAUCGCGACAUACCACAACCCGGAGGCGGAGCCCACGGCGGACGACCCCAACCCCGGGCGGGUCGAGUUCUCGCUGUGCAUGGGCGACGACUUUACCGACGAGGACAUGUUCCGCGCGCUCAACGGGGCGUCGGGACCGGUGCUCAAGGCGGACCACGUGUUCACGGUGACGGUCGGGGCGAGCACCAAGGUGACGCUGGCCAAGUGGCACCUGCUGGAGCCCGAGGACGUGAUCGACUGCGUGGCGCUGCUGGCGGGCGCCGAGGGCGGGCCGGCCGGCACGGAGCGGCUGGGCGAGGUAAACCUGGCGGCGCUGAGCAUGGUGGAGGGCAAGAUUCCGCCGGGCGAGGUGUGA